UGAUUUAAUACUGAUUUGUCAAACACAUGUUUACCAAGUAUUUGUUAAAAAUAAAGAACAUAACGAUUGUGUUCCCAUAAAUAUUAAGUUGAAUUUUAUACUUUUAAGAAAAUGAGUUACCAACGUUGGGCUUUAAUGAAUAUGAAUAACUCAGAAGACAAACAGCUGUCAGGUUUGCAGCGCUUAUUGCAAUCUAAUGAUGAUGACCUUGAUGAUGAUGAAAUAAUUCCAAUGAAUCGAUCACGCCUCGUUCAACUUGACUCAAUUGACAGUGAAGAAGAAGAACUGGAAGAUCUUUAUGAAGACGAAGAAGAAGAAGAAAUUUCUGAUGACAAUGAAAACGAACUUCUUCUACAAUUACUUCUCCAAAAACAUAAGCAAUCACAAGGUAGCUCUAAAAAGAUGCUACGCGGAUCAACUUUUGGAAAAAAAAAACCUGUAUAUGUCGAUCUCAGAGAAAAAUUAAAUGAUAUUCGUGAACAGCAAGAACUACUUGAGAAUUUGAGCUACAAUAGAAACAGAGGAACGGGUAGGUAUUCAAAUCAAAAAACCAAUAACAACAUGCUAUUGAAAAGAGGUAAUAGAUUUAUUGAACAAAAAGGAAGCCAACGAAGAUAUAUGGAUCAGAAAGGUCAAAGAAAUUUUAAUGACCGUGAAAGAGGAGGUAACAAUAGGUUUUUCGAAAAAAGAGGAAACAGAAGAUUCUCAGACCAAAGGGGCCGUCAAAGAAGAUUCGAUGACCAGAGGGGACAGCAACAAAGAGGUAGAAAUAGAUUUAAUAAUCAGGGAAGAAACAAGUGGUCAAAUGCUGACAAAGAUAAUAAUGAUGAAGUAGGAGAAGAAAAUGAAAAGGAAGAUUACGGCGGUGAAACGAAUAAAACGGUUGAAAAUGAAGAAAAGUCUGAAGAAAAGCAGAAAGAAGGUCAAGAUGAGGAAUAUGAAAUGGAAACCCAACCGUCAGAAAUGGAAGCACUAAUGGGUUUUUCUGGAUUUCAAACUACUAAACACAAUUAGCGUAUAGGGAACAUACUUCUAUUAAAUACAGUAGUAACAUUCGUCUAAUGUCAACUGUGAUUUUUACUUAACUUUAAACAACAAAACAUAUUAAAAGUUCUUCAAGUAAACCGCCGGGAAUUCAAUUUGGAUGAGAACAUGAUUUUGGAGGAUUUUAUAAAAAUAAAAACCGCCAUAACAAAAUAAAUAAUACUAAUACGAUAGUUGGGGUAUUAAAUAUUGUAAACAACUUAAAUAUGUUAAAAAAGAAAGUAUUUUCGAUUAGAGACAAUGAAGAGUUAUGUGAAGAAAGUCAUAGUUUUUCUUCCUCAUUUCUUUAUAAUUCCGUUAAUCAAAGCUUAAUAUUUCGCUCAUCCUUAUAUUAAAUCUCAUCUUUAUUUCAAUUAUUAAAUUAUAAUAAUUGAAAUAAAGCGCGUAGUCAAGUACAACAGAAGUGAACAUUUUAGGUAACAAUAAAUGAAAUUUAAUGGG